AUGGAUGAAAUAGAAAAUAUAAAUAUUUGCGAGACGCCUCCCAGCACAAUAAACUUGAGCAACCGCAGUUCCCAUGACAGUGUCGACAGUGGUUACUUGACUCUUACUCCACAUUCUGGUGCGUACACACCGAUAAUUUCAGGAUACAGGUCUAGAGUGUCAUGCAUUUUGUCGAAAAGACAUCACAGACUCAGAUUGGAUCCUCUUCAGUUGGAACGGGCUCAGAGGCACCGCUUGAAAUUGAAUCACCUGCUAAAUGCGUCUGAAUCCGAUUAUUUAGUUUCUGAGAAUUCUGACAGGGACAGCUUGAUUCAAGAUGUGUCGAGUUUUACCGAUGAUCAUUCGAAUUUAAGUCUCGAACACUCGAGCCUGGAAUUAGCAAAUCAGCACAACGAAUGCCGUAAAUUCGACGGAAGUUUUCGAAGUAGAACCCGUCGAAAUUGCAAAACCACGGUUCCCAUAACACCAGCAUCGACGAGGUUACAACUUCUUUCGCCACCACCGUCACCGGCGGUGCCUUCUUCUUCGUUUAUUGCCUCCGAACCCUUCGAGGAAGAUGUAGAAAUGAAGCUAGUCAUCGUGCAUCAGAGCACACCUCAGGUAACCACUUCGCCCAGACAAAAAACACCAGUACCAUUUCCACGUAUUAUUAUUUCGCCAACCUGUAGAAAAGCUAGUCCCGCGAUUAGUUCAGCAGACAAUCAGAAAUUAAGCAAGCUCUCUAUCACGGAUCUUGCUACCGUUGCUGAGAUCAAGCCAAAGAGGUUGGACUUCAGUCAUCGUGCCUUGGCAGUUGCCUUACACUAUCCUAGAGCUACCCCAGAUUAUACAGGUAGGGAGACAGUGGACAUAUUAACACUCCUUGGAGAGAAGAGCAAUCAUUGGAGGAUAGUUUCAAAGAUAUUGUCCUUCUUGGGGUCUCAGGACCUUUGUUCGGUCAGUAUGGUAUCUAAAACAUGGAGGAGAAUCUGCACUAGUGACUCUAGGGCCAAUACGAGAAGACUGACCCAUGUAAUACUCAGACAGAAUGCUAAAGAGAAUCUAAAAUUAAUUAAAAAAUCAAAAAUGGAAGGAGAUAUACAAAACAGUCCUAAAAGUAGAUAUGCAAGAAAGGGAUACCUGUUAGAAGUACAGAAUCUUCUCCAAGUCCCAGGAAAGCAGCGACCACCGAGCAGUCCACCUGUUUCUCCUAGCAAAGUAAAAUUUCACUCUUUUGUUAAGGCUAGUCGUACACUUGCACCCUGGGAACACUUGUUACCAUGCCCGAAGUGUUCAUUUCCCUGCCACGUAGAUGGCGAGAAGAACGUGGGAACGUGUUCGAGACAAGGUUGCUCAAUGGAAUUUUGCACCUCUUGUUCAUCGAGGCCGCACACUGGCCCCUGUAAGACACCCCUGUUAGCCACGCCGACCAAGAGGAACAAACGGCUAGUCGUCGGUUCAAGACAGAGCAAACGGAAUCUCAGGAGAUUAUGA